ACUGGCUCGGGCUCGGCGAAAGUUGAGUCAUGCGUCCUCCCGCCUAACCGCGCUUCUUAACAUCCAGAUUGAACUACAGGCUUUAGUGAUGCCGCAAUACUGUGAUGCAGUACCUUAGACCGCUGAGCCACUCGGGAGGCCCUAUGUCGCUUCAUUUCUUUAUUGUUCCCCUCUAGUCAAGGACUGAUUUAGACCUGGGACACCAGGAUGGUGCAAUUAAUUAUCAGGUAGAACAGAAAGCCAGCAGGCUCUGGACCUCAUAGGGUAGGAAUUGAAUGCCCCUGACCUAUAACAUGGAUCUACAGAUGUAGCAUCUUAAUUUGACAUAUGUCGUCACAGCAAAAAUAAUCCUUCAACAAGAUAAUUUGAACGUUUAGUCCAUAAUGUUGCUUGAUCGGUGGUUAGGCUGUUAGCUGGCAAAAAGUAGGCUACAUGAACAGUGCAAAACUGUUUUUAAUGUAACCGUGUGUUAGUGUAGGUUUUCAGUGAAUUUAUGUAAAUCACAAAGCUCAUCUGCAAUGCAGGUCAUAAUCACUCAUAAUGAAAUAUAAACAGAGGGUAUUAAAUUAUUACCUUUAAAUCUACUGGGGAGAAAAAUUAUGGAUUAAGCUAGCUCCUUGGCCCUGGGCCUGUGGUUGUGUAUGUGUUUUUACACGGUGCCAAAAUUCGAAAAUAAAGGUGAACAAUUGGAGAACAAGCUGUUCGCUUCACAAAAUACAUGUUUUCUCUCUUUGAGUAUUCAUACAUUCUGACCUGACCUUCAGGCGAACUGAAACUGGCUUAUAAACAAGUUGAAAUACACGGUCGGACAAGGGUGUGGAAGAAUGUUGUAUACAGAACCAAACUUUCCAGCACAUCUCUCCCUAACUCAGUGAGAAGCUUAAAGACGAACAACACUACAUGGUCUACUGGGUUGGUGUGUGGGAUAAACUACAGUGUUUUCUUCUCCUUACUAAAAUAUAUUUUCACACGAUUGGCACAAGAGCUGGUGGUCUCCAUGGCUAUGCUCCUGUCAGAAAACAACAGGUCUUUCCUUCCCACCACCAAGACUCCUCUCCACAAUGCCACAGAAUGGAUCCUGGUCCACAGCAUCAUCCCUCCCUACAUCUUCACCCUGUGUGUGACGGGGCUGCUGGGUAAUGGCUUUGUCCUGCUGGUCUUCCUUCUCCAGAGGGAGCAGUGCUCCGUCCCAGAGAUCUACCUGGGAAACCUGGCCCUGGCUGACCUGCUCCUCCUGGCCUGCCUGCCCUUCUGGGCCAUGAACAUCCUUAAUGACUACAACUGGCCUUAUGGAGACUUCCUGUGCCACGUAGUCAAUCUGUCUAUCACUGUCAACUUCUACACCAGCAUCUACCUAUUGGUGAUGGUGAGCGUGGACCGCUACUUAGCGCUGGUGAGGACCAUGAGGGCCAGGUGGCUGAGGAGGAAGCGCUACGCACGGGCGAUAUGCCUCAUACUGUGGCUGUUUGGGCUGCUGAUAGGGGGUCUAGCUUCGCUUCACAGAAAGGUGACGUUCAUUGAGGAAUAUCGGACAAUGGCGUGUAUUCUGGAGUAUCCUGACCACUCCGGGGAGUCUUGGAAGCUGGCCCACAACCUCCUGUUGAACAUAGUUGGCUUUGUUGUACCUGUUGUGGGGAUUUUUUCCUGCAGUUGUAACAUUAUCAGAGCCCUGAGGAAGAGGAGGAAGAGUGUUUACAUAGAGGGUGGAAACGACAGGAAGGCCACAGUCCUCGUUUACGCCGUGACGCUGCUGUUUUUUGUGUGUUGGAGUCCCUUCCAACUCUUCACCUUACUCGAUAUGCUGUGUGAUGCAGAGGUCUUGGAUGAAACGUGGCAUUAUACACUGGACAUUGGUACCCAGUUUUCAACCUACCUAGCAAUUCUGAACAGUAGCCUAAAUCCUCUGUUGUAUGUAUUUUCUGGUCAGUAUUUUAGGAGGAAAGUUAGCACCAUCUACAAGAGAACGAAGAAUCGCAGGAGAUCUGAUACAAUGGCAUUUCAGCUUUCAAUUGUAUCAACUUACCUCCACAGGACUGAUCAAAUCAAACCUGUUGUAAUACAGACAUGAGUUCCUGCAUUUUCCUGCACAUUUGUUUGAUAUCAUGUAGUUAUUGCACACUAAAUUGCAUUUUCAACGUUGAAUUACACAAUGUAGCCACAUAAAAUGUGUGCAAUCUUGAACUACAUUAUGUAGGUCUAUAAGGUUUAGAUUGUGUAGGAGAUAUGUUUACGGCCACGGAAAUUAUGUGAUAUAAAUACUAUGCAUGCCAGUCUCUCUUGGCUAAGAAUUGAGGAGACUGACUGAAUCACUUAUUUUUAUAAGAAACAUUGUGUUGAAAAUCACAAAUUGUUUGCAUAAUCAACUUACACUCAGCUCUGACAAACACACUUAUCCCACCAGACAUGCCACAAGGGGUCUUUUCACAGUCCCCAAGUCCAGAACAAAUUCAAGAAAGUGUACCGUAUCAUAUAGAGCCCUUAUUGCAUGGAACUUCCUUCUAUCUCAUAUUGCUCAAAUAAACAGCAAAUCUGGUUUCAAAAAACAGAUAAAAAGCAACACUUCGUGGCACAACACCUCUCCCCUAUUACACCUAGAUAGUUUGUGUGUAUGCAUUGAUAUGUAGGCUACGUGUGCCUUUAAAAAAUAUAUUUGUAGUUCUGUCCUUGAGCUGUUCUUGUCUAUUGACGUUCUGUAUUAUGUCAUUCUGUAUUAUGUUUUGUGUGGACCCCAGGAAGUGUAGCUGGGGCUUUUGCAACAGCUAAUGGAGAUCCUAAUAAAAUACCACAACAAAUCUCACAAUGUCAUCUGUCACAAUGUCACUUUUAAUGCAGAAUUUUACUUUUACAGACCUUUUUCUGAGACAAGCAAGAGAGAUUUUAUGUUCUAGCAGUGAAGAUCACGGGGUGAUUUUUAACGUUUCCUGUGUGUGUGUGUGUUACACCAUUCUAGAUUGCACCAAAACCUUGUCUUGUCACAAUAAAUGAUGGCCUUUAAAAUGCCAAACACAUCUAUAUUAACGCCUAAACAUUGUAUGACAUUUCUCUCACAAGUACCCACAUUUAC